AUGGAUACCAGAACUUCUUCUAAUAUUUUAAAUAAGACCAGGAAACUUCCGUUUAAUGAUUCUUUCGUCGUUAAUGCACUAGGACAGUGUAGUGGAAUGGUUCUACUUUGGAAUACUAGAUCAAUUAAUUUAGAAAUCAUUCAACCUCAUGACCGUUUUAUCCAUUGUCGCCUAACUGACUUAACCUUGCAGCACACUAGCUUUAUAACCUUUGUUUAUGCCUAUCCUAAAAAGGAAAAGCAACUUGAACUCUGGAAUACCCUUGCUACUUUACAACCUCCUUAUAAUGACUGCUGGGCUUUAAUCGGUGAUUUCAAUAGUAUUUUGGACUUAGAAGAAAAACUUGGGGGCAACCAAGUUGUUACCAGAUAUAUGUUAAAAUUUUCCAGUUUUUUAAAUGAUCUACGUUUGCUCUCUCUAAGAGCCUCUGGCCUCCCCUUUACUUGGACGAAUAAACAUGAAGAUGAUACUCUUAUGUUCGAAAGACUUGAUAGAGCCUAUGUCAAUAGUAACUUUCUGAAUGAUUAUCCAAAUCUAAAGCUGGAAAAUCUUCCAAUUAUUGGUUUAGAUCAUGGUCCAAUUUGUCUCACGUCAAUUCUCUCAUCAGGCACAAAAGUGGAACAACUUUUCUAUGGAAAUAUUUUCAAGAGAAUGGAGAAUCUGAAUUCCAGAAGUUAUGACAUCCAACAACAACUAAUGAUUUUCCCUACUUCUCAGACUCUUAAGGAGAGGGAUAUGGCCAUUAGAGAGGAACUCAUGCAGCUUUACAAAGAUGAAGAAACUUAUAGGCACAAAAAGCAAAAGCAAACUGGCUUUCUCUAG